AAUUACAUACAAAGUGCUAGCCCCUUCCCUUACACAUGCACACCAUAUUUUUUUCCCCUGAAAACAGGUGGCCGCUUAUCUGAUCAUGCCUCUCCUCCUGCCGGCAAUGAGUUUAGUAAGCCACCGCCAAAUGCAAGUUGACUUAAUAGGAGGUUCUCUGCUCGGGACUCUGAAGUUAAAGAAUCGGAAUGAGAGCUCAGUGGGUCCGUUAAUCAAAAGAGUCUUUCCUUCCUCCGAGCCGACUGGACUUCUAUCAUCUAUCAAAUCUGGUCGGCCGGCGACGAGGAAAAGGAAGGCAAAUGUGCAUCAGCGCCGUCCGAUAUUGAGAACGGUGAUUUCAGUUUUCCAGGUGCAGGCUCUUCCAGUUGUGUAUCUCAGGCCAGGAGAAGUAGAAACUUUGGUGACUGCUUGGUUAAAUGCCCUUGGUGGUGCAGCCUCAGAUUAUCUGGAGCAAGAGCUGCAACAGGGUGAUGGCAAUGGGGUAAAGAGUGAUUAUGGGCAUGUGCAAGGGAAAGGUGGGAUAGUUCUUUAGCGUUUAGUCUGAGAGUUUGCUGAUGGUCAUUGCAACGUCCCAUAUUGUUGCCUGUAUAUAUAUUGGAGUUGAUACUGCCUGCAGCUUCAUGCUCUAGCAGCUCUACCUAGCUUAAAGCAUCUCUUGCAAAAUGAUGGCUUGUUUUCAUUCUUGCUCAUUGCCGGGGGCCUUGAGUUGGAGAGUGUGCACGCUAUCUCCCAAGUGCAACAAGGGUGACAAUCAAAAAUUAAGUUUCAAUUAUUUUAAUAAAUAAAUUUCUUUAUAGCUAUAAAUGAAUAAUGUGGGAUAAAUAAAUUAGACAUAGGUAU